ACCAAGUAACCAAGUUUAAAAAGUUGCCGGUGGAUUCGGUGGAGUUUUCAAGCUGUUGCCAUUCAGUUUCGAUUUCUGAUUCAGUUUCUGUUUCAAUUUUGAUUUCGUUUUCAUUUUCGUUUUCGUUUUCAAAUUCAAUUUAGUUUCGGUUUCGGUUUUGUACUCGAAAGCUAUUGAUCUGUUUUCAAGUGUCGAUUGAUUGGCCGAUUGAUUAGCGAGCCACGUGAAAAAUGCAGUUUGUUGGGCAAAAGAGUAUGCUGAUUGCUGGUAUCCUGCUCAUGAGCCUGAUCUUGGUUCAAGGAGAGGCUCACGAUCAAAGCUCAAAGGACUUGCCCCAUGUGCGACACAAGCGUGGCAUCAUUUGGGACUUUUUCCAGAAAAUGGUCAUCACCAAGAACCUAAUUGUGGAUCAAUACACAGACACCCGCAACACCCUGAAUGACAUCUACAAUGUGGUCAACGAGCAGUUUAGUGAUCCGGGUCCAGAGAAGCCUACGAGUAGUCCCAGGGUCACCACCGAAAAGACUUCACUUAGCAGCGAGGAGACCAGCGAGGAAACCACCACAGCCUUUACAAUCUCCCGCUACGAGCUGGGCCGCAUCUUGGGCCGGAACUUCCGGGGACUCCAGAAGCUGGCCAUGAAGGAGUUCAACACCGCCCUUAAUGCCACAAACUACAAUCUGGCCGAGUACAAAGCCGAGGCGGACAAGCAGUUCGCCAACAGCCUGGCGGUGGAGAAGAAGAACAAGCUGAAGAGCCUCAAGGGCUGAGCCACGCCCCCGUGCCUGAAUGUUAUCUCUGUGAUAGGCUGAUGACUUUAUUCCCCCCAUAUACAUACAUAUAUUAUAUAUUUUUUUCCUAUUUAUUUGUUUGUCUACUUGCAACUGAAUCGAAUAAACCACGGGGACGAGAGGCAGUGCGUCCCCGAACGCAUGCGGGUUCGUAUCUACGACUAUUGUGCGUCAAAU